AUGCAGAGUUCUUGCGUGUGGGAAGCCGCUCGUACACAGCUGACAUAUCAAGAAAAGAACAAGCAAGAUUCGAAGCUGGGGACUCAACAUCGCUUAGUCCAGACAACUGACUGUGCAGCUAUGAUGAAGGCCGUGGAAUGCAAGUGCGGCUUAUUGAAGGACGAAGAGGCUCCCAGCAAGUCGCUGGUAGCGGCAAAGCUCGAGCAGGUUGAGGACGGCGCUCCGGUGGCUGAAGACCUUCGGGAAGUCACUUCAUUUGAAGACGCCGAGACAGAGGCGCUACGAUUGCGGCAUAGGCGGCUGGGCCUGGCGUGGGACUUUGUCAAGCCGCGGCGUUCCACUAGAACUUGCCUGCCGGAUUCCUCGGUCGAGGCCUUCCGGAAGCUCUCAAACUUUGUGCUCGGCAGCUCUGUGGCUGGUCUCACAUCCGGCGACGGGCGCACUCCUACAUGGAGCUUGGUUCUGGGAUAUGAGCUAGAGUUGCGGAAGUUGGCCUACAGGUAUGUGCGAGAUGGGGAAGCGCCGUGUUUGGCCACUGCCUUGGCGAAAGCCAUCUCCGCGCCUGAGGCCUUGACCACUCAUUUUGUGAUUCCUUUUACCUUGGGCAAGUUUGAGACAGCUGCAAGCGAUGUCAGUGGCAAAGGCGAGGGCAAGGGCAAAGGUUCGCAGGCCGGACGGGACACGCUCAAGUUCAACAAGAUCGGAGGCUGCAAAACAAAGGGGUGCAAGUUUGCUCACAUUUGCAAGCGUUCACCAGUGCAAGCACAAGCGCGCUGGAAUGGAGGAUCGCGCUGGGGAGUGACUAGAUCCUGUGCUUCCCGCAGCCCCGCAGCCUUUCAGCGGGGGCGAUGUGCUGCAAAGGGCUGCUGA